AUGUCUGGAGGAGAAGUGGCCUACACAGUACUGGAGGUUCUCAUCGCUGUUGCUUGCUGUCUGGGCAAUGUGCUGGUGAUCUGGGCAGUGUGGUUAAACAGCUCUCUACGGCAGCCCACCUUCUGCUUUCUGGUUUCUCUGGCUGUGGCAGACUUCCUUGUAGGUUCUGUGGCUGUGCCAGCGGCUAUACUGGUAGAUGGAAGAGUGCAGACCUCAUUCAAUGUCUGUCUCUUCAUAAGCUGUGUGGAAAUUCUGUUGACAUUGGCCUCUGUACUGUUUCUGCUAGCCAUCUCUGUGGACCGAUAUCUACGCGUCUUCAUCCCGCUCAGGUGAGCUGUCUUCUGACCUAGAUACAGCGCCCUCUGUAAUUAUUGGGACAGUGAAGCAUUUUUUCUUAAUUUGUUUGAAAUCAAACAAUGACUAUGAGGUUAAAGUACAGACGGUCAGCUUUACUUUGAAGGUAUUUUCAUCCAUAUCGGGUGAACCGUCUAGAUAUUACAGCACUUUAUGUACAUAGUCCCCCCAUUUUAGGGAACCAAAAGUAUUGGGACAAAUUCACUUAUAUGUGUAUUUAAGUAGUAAAAAGUUAAGUACUUGGUCCCAUAUUCAUAGCACGCAAUCAAGCUUGUGGAUGCAUUUGCAAAUUUGUUGGAUGCAUUUGCUGUUUGUUUUGGUUGUGUUUCAGAUUAUUUUGUGCCCAAUAUAAAUUAAUGGUAGAUAAUGCAUUGUGACAUUUUGGAGUCACUUUUAUUGUAAAUAAGAAUAUAAUAUGUUUCUAAACACUUCUACAUUAAUGUGGAUGCUACCAUGAUGACAAUACAAGACAUUAUCUACCAUUCAUUUCUAUUGGGCACAAAAUAAUCUGAAAUACAACCAAAACAAAUAGCAAAUCAAUCCAACAAAUGUGUAGAGUCACAAGCUUGAUGUAGUCACUGCGUGCCAUGAAUAUGGAUGAAAAUACCCUCAAAUUAAAGCUGAUAGUCUGCACUUUAACCUCAUAGUAAUUGCUUUUGGAGUAUAGAGCCGAAAGAAGAAAAAAAAAAAGUACUGUCCCAAUAAUUACCGAGGGCACUGCAUGUAUCACCUCGCACAUUCUCUCAAAUGAUUUCCCCUCUGUAAUUAUUAUUAUAAAUCUGAUGUGUGCGUACAAAGGAAAGCAUUAAGGUUGUCAUGUCAGAUGAACAGAUUCUCUGCUUGAACAGGUACAAGAGGACAGUGACAGAGAGGAGAUCUUGGGUGGUGGUAGCAAUAUGUUGGUUUGUUGCCUUCAUGUUGAGCUUCCUACCCAUGUUUGGGUGGUACAACCGUGACACCUUGUCUCACUCAGGGAACUCAACCACCAUCAUCUGCCAUUUCCUGGCUGUGAUUCCCAUGUCAUACAUCGUAUACUUCAAUUUCUUCCUCUGCACCCUCACCCCGUUGCUUAUCAUGGCUGUCCUGUACUGCUACAUAUUCUGUACGAUCCGGAAGAACCUGAAGGGGAGGACGGGUAGCGGUGCCCAGUCCCACACCUACUUCAGGAAGGAGAGGAGCCUGGCCCGAUCCCUGACUCUGGUCCUGGUGCUGUUCGCCUUCUGCUGGCUCCCUCUGCACUUCAUGAACUGUGUUGCCUACUUUGGUAACCCAUCAGACAUACCCCACCAGGCCUUCUACGUGGGCAUCCUCCUCUCCCAUGGCAAUUCAGCUGUCAACCCGAUCGUGUAUGCCUUCAAGAUCCGCAAGAUCCAGGAAGCGUACCUGAGGAUAUGGAGGAAGUUUGUGUGUCGAGGUGACAACCAGACCACUGAGAGGAACAUCAGCAGUAACCCCAGAAAUGACUAA